UUAAACCAACCAAACCGUGCGUUAAUGACGAGCGAUUCCACAAGAAAAGGGUUCAGCAAUCAUCAGUCAGCGACAGUUUCCUUCGCGACACGCUCACCUUCAUUUAGAUCUUCGUACGCUUCGAAAGUGAUUUCAAACGCCAAGGGAUGGAAGAAGUUGGCUGGGUUCUCCAAGACCGUCACGUUGCUGAUGUUUAGUUUGCUCAUGGUGGAACAGGUGGGGAAAGGACGAAGAUGUCGCACAGUUCAAAGGAUGGUGAAAUCAAAAUGUUCAAUCUGCAAAUUACAGCAGUUGUCACUGAGUUGUAAUUUGUGAAUUAUCUCGUUAUCCAGUGGGGUCCGCCGAUCUCGUGUUGGGCUGGGUUUUGCACACAGCUCCGAAAUUACGGCCGUUAUUUACCGUGCGGAAGAAUCACGCAGCCGUGCUUCAAAACAGACUGACAGUCUUGGAAGGGGCCAGCAUGGAAGAAUGAUAAACCAGAUCUAGAAAUGUGGCAACAAUUUCUGUCGUCUGAGUCAACACUCAACAGCAAAUAAAACCUGAGUCUAAACUGCGUCGAUCAGAAAUCUAUUCAGAAAUCUCGGAUCCCAGAUUUUAACAAAUCUCUGGCUAGCUUUUUCCAACCAAUAAUCAACAAUCCCAAACCCAGGAGCACCAAGGAAAUUGAGGAAGACAGAGUCCAGUGAAAGAUCCACGAACAGAUGAACUCCAAAAACUAGCAAAAUCACAAACGAAACGACGCUGGCCUUCACGCCCCGCCCUCGGUCCCGUAACGAAUUCGCGGUAACCAAUCGCACAUCCCGAUAUCGCAAUGUUUAUAAAAGUUACGGAACGGUACGGCACUUCUUCGUACUUGUCACUUGUGCUUGCGUGCUGCAGCUUGCCACUUUUGUCCUCUUUCUGGUUUUCCACACUACUUUCCAAGUUGCUCUACGGUCAGUUUUUCAGUUUUUGACUUGAUCAGUUGAUCUGCAUAAAUACUUUUGUUUUCCUUAAAGGCUAAUUUUGGAGAUAGAUUUGUUAUUAUAUGCGCAACCUACUGCAUCAACACAAAAUUAAUAACUGAAAAAACUGAUUUAUCGGCAUUCCUUUUGAAAGGUAAUCAUGAGUCUGGCGCUGAAUCGUUUGAGGGAAGAACGCAAAACAUGGCGCAAAGAUCAUCCGUUUGGGUUUGUGGCCAAGCCGACGGAAAAUCCUGAUGGCACCCUGAACGAGUUUAUCUGGGACUGCCUCAUUCCAGGCCCCAAGGGUUCCAUCUGGGAGCAUCCACCAUCGGGCAGCUACUACCAUCUGAAGAUGAAAUUCCGCGAUGAUUAUCCGGCCACACCGCCCAAAUGCGUCUUCGAGCCGCCGUUGUUCCAUCCCAAUGUGUAUCCGAGCGGCACGGUGUGUCUGUCUAUUCUGGACGAGGACAAGGGCUGGCGCUCGGGCAUCACGGUGAAGGAGAUCCUGCUGGGCAUUCAGGAUCUGCUGGUCAAUCCCAACGAGAAGGAUCCGGCGCAGGCCGAAGCGUACGGCGCUUACACCAAGAACCGCGAGGAAUACGUGGCCAAAGUGAAGGAACAGGCUAAGAAAUUCAGUCAGGCCAAUGUUAAACCAGCUGCCAAGAGUUAAUCUGUGCGUGGAUGGAGAUGCUUCAACUGCUCUGCGUUUAGUGUUUAAUUAUCGCAAUGUUCUGCGAAUCUCGGUUCAGUAUACUGAUGAUAUAAGACUGAUUGGUAGGCUUCGUAUUGAUGUUCAUUUUCUAAAUCCACUUUUAUCUGUAUUACGCCCAGUCUACUCCAUUUGAGGUAUCAGAUUUCUUCUAAAAGAACUUAUCUCCGAUGUUUGUGAAUGGACUGAAUUCUUUGUAUACUGUAAUUGACUGUGGCUGUACUGAAGUAAAAAUACAAUUUUUCACACUUUAAUCAAACAA